AUGGAGAUGCUAAGAACAGGAGAGUGGGCGACCUACAAGAAGUAUCUGGAUAGACAGAGAAAGAUGAGCCCUUGGCAAUUCCAGAGUUUGCCGCAAAAUGUCAACGACUUUGCCGAUUUCGAAUACCUUGGAAAUAUCACCAUUGGUACACCAGAUCAAAGUUUUAUUGUAGUCUUGGACACUGGAUCAGCAAAUCUGUGGAUUCCAGGACCCUCUUGCAAAGCCAACUGCGACUCAAAGCACAAAUUCGAUUCUUCGAAAUCAUCUACAUUUGAUAAAAAUGGUCAGUCUUGGACCAUUCAGUAUGGUUCGGGGGCAGCAGCAGGGAUCCUUGGGCAAGAUACUGUCAAAAUCGGUGCUACUGGAGAGAGCCAACUGAGCAUUCCAAAGACUACAUUUGGGAUUGCCAACCAGAUAUCCCCAGAUUUCAAAAGCGACGCCACUGAUGGAAUAUUCGGAUUAGCAUUCACCACGCUGGCAGUCGAUGGAGUGGUACCUCCACUGAUCAACGCAAUCAAACAAGGAGUUCUGGAUCAGCCCCUCUUCAGUGUUUUCCUAGAACAUCGUGGUACUUUGACAAAUGUUGGAGGUGGAGUAUUCACUUAUGGAGCAGUGGAUACAACGAAUUGUGGUCCAGUGAUAGGCUAUCAGCCAUUGUCAUCGGCCACGUAUUUUCAGUUCAAAGCGAAUAGAUUCAGGUUAGGGAAGUAUUUGAAUGCAAAGGUGGUUGAUGUGAUUUCGGAUACCGGAACUUCGUUUUUGGGAGGACCUAGUGUUGUUAUUGAUGAAAUGGCGAAGCAGGCAGGAGCCACAUAUGACAUUCUUGGAGAAGCUUACAUCAUCGACUGCGAUGCCACUCCUGGACCCCUCGGAGUCACCAUCGGAGGCCACGACUAUCAAAUUCAACACUACAACUAUAUCGCAGACGUUGGAGAUGGCACAUGUGUUCUGACACUUUUCCCAAUGGAUUUCGGUGGAUUCGGACCCACUUGGAUCCUUGGCGACCCUUUCAUCCGGCAGUACUGUAAUAUCUAUGACUUGGGAAAUCUUCGAAUGGGAUUUGCGCCGUCUUUGCAGCCAGCACCGACGACGUCUUCAAAAUUGGGGUCAUAG